AUGAGCGGACGGGUCCUCGCGGCCGGGCUGCGCCCGUUGACGCGACGCGCCCCAGUCAGCCCGGUCCGAUAUCUGCAUCGACUACCGACGGGAGGGCUACUUCGGGCGGAUGCCACCAUUCGCGCGACUCAAAGGCGCAUGUGGUUCGGUGGCAACGCCUUCCACAACGCGGUUACCGCCCGGAACGCCUCCUUUGCUCGGUUCCUGCCUAAGCUUGUCCUGAAGUUUGCCAGAAUACCAGCCAUGUUUGGCGGCCUAGCCAUCGGCGCGUUUGCGUGGGUCCAGUACCAGGCCACACAGGCAAGCGCCUAUGCGAUUGACAUAUUCAACACAACCAAGGACACGGUCUCAACUACCGCUUCGACCAUAUUCGGCGGCGCCAAAGACAUCGCAGAACAGACGUACCAUGGAUGGGAGACCACGAAAGAACAAGUGGAGGUACCCGAGUGGUUGAAGAAGGUGCUCCGGAUCCAUGAAGACAUCGGGACCGGAGGGUCUGGAGGCCCCGGCGGUGACGGCGACCCAAAGCAGAGCAAGCUAGGUGCGGCCGCCGCUGUCGGCGCAUCUGCAGCGGCAUACGGAUAUGACAAGUCAAGCGAGGAGGAUCCUCGCGAACUUGACGAAGUGGCCAAGGACGACCAGAUGAUGAUUUUGACAAAGAAGAUGAUCGAGAUUCGGAGCAUACUUCAGAAAGUCGGACAGUCGAGCUCGCUGACGCUACCAUCCAUUGUUGUCAUCGGCUCGCAAUCGUCGGGAAAGAGCUCGGUUCUCGAGGCAAUUGUUGGACACGAGUUUCUUCCCAAAGGAUCCAACAUGGUGACUAGGCGACCCAUCGAACUGACGCUCGUCAAUACCCCCGGGUCGACAGAGGAGUAUGGAGAGUUUCCGGACCUAGGCCUGAGGCACAUGACCGACUUUUCGUCUAUACAGCGCACGCUUACGGAGCUCAAUCUUGCUGUAUCCGACGCAGAAUGCGUCUCGGACGACCCGAUUCACCUUACAAUCCACUCUGCGAACGUCCCCGAUCUAUCACUUAUCGAUCUUCCUGGCUAUAUUCAGGUCGUUGGGCAGAACCAGCCUCUACAGCUGAAACAAAAGAUCUCAGAAUUGUGCGACAAGUAUAUCCAGCCCCCGAAUGUGAUUCUCGCCAUCUCUGCUGCGGAUGUGGAUCUUGCCAAUUCUACGGCAUUGCGGGCCUCGAGGCGGGUCGAUCCUCGCGGAGAACGGACCAUUGGAGUCGUCACCAAGAUGGAUCUGGUUGACCCAGUCAGGGGCGCUGCCAUCUUGAACGACAAGCAGUACCCGCUCAGGUUGGGCUAUGUGGGCGUUGUGUCGAAGGCGCCGCAAGCCCCAGGGCUCUUCAAGAUGGGUCCGAAAGACCUGCUCUCCGCCAUUGCAAAGCACGAGAACUCAUUUUUCUCAUCGCACCCCGUCGAGUUCGGCCCAGAUGCCGGGGUCAACGUAGGGACCACUACACUGCGCAAGAAGUUGAUGCAUGUCCUGGAGCAGACCAUGUCGUCGAGCUUGCAGACCACCAGCGAUGCCAUCAGACAAGAGCUGGAGGAGGCAACAUAUGAGUUCAAGGUUCAGUAUAACGACCGGCCUCUCUCCGCCGAAUCCUAUUUGGCGGAGAGCCUCGACGCGUUCAAGCACUCCUUCAAGCAGUUCGCCGAGGAAUUCGGGCGCCCACAGAUGCGGGAACUCCUCAAGAGCGAGCUGGAUCAGAAGGUACUCGAUCUGUUAGCAGCCAGAUAUUGGAACAAGCCGAUCGCGGAUCUGUCGGUCACGCAACCAGAGCCGGAUCAGAUCGCGGAUUUGCCAAAGGCUGAUGUUGACUCAUUAUACUGGCGUCGGCAACUCGAUGCGUCAACCUCGGCCCUGACCAAGCUGGGUGUUGGACGGCUUGCCACCACCGUCGUUGCGUCGUCGCUGCAGGCGCAAAUCGACAGGCUGCUGGGCAACUCAAACUUUGCCACCCACCCCUUCGCAAGAAAGGCAAUCAUGGAAGCGGCUUCGACGAUACUCAAUGAACGCUUUUACAGCACAAGCGAUCAAGUCGAGAACUGCAUCAAGCCCUUCAAGUUUGAGGUCGACAUUGAGGACAGAGAAUGGGCACAGGGCCGGCAACAUGUAGGCGAUGUGCUCAAGAAGGAGCUUCAAGAUUGCGAGUCUGCCAUGGGCCAACUCGAAUCAACAGUCGGCGGACGGAGAAAGCUCAAGGAAGUCAUGAACUUCGUGGACAAAGCGCGCAAGGGUGACAUUAUCGUUGAGGGCGAUGGGCGGAGCGGUGCUGGCGGAUUCAGUGCCGCUCUGCUAAGCAAAGGACGUGAGGCCGUCUUCCUUCGAGACAGGGCCGACAUCAUCAAGAUGCGCCUGUUGGCAGUUCGGUCCAAGCAGUGUGCCUCGGUCAAGAACAAGUACCACUGUCCGGAGGUCUUUUUGGAUGCCGCCGCUUCAAAGCUGGCCUCGACGGCCGUUCUCUUCCUCAACGUCGAGUUGCUGUCCGAGUUCUACUACAACUUCCCGCGCGAACUCGAUCUGCGGCUCGGCCGACACCUCUCCGAGGAGGAGGUGGAGCGAUUCGCAAAAGAGGACCCGCGCAUCCGCAAGCAUCUAGAGGUCAUCCGUCGCAAGGACCUGCUGGAGCUCGUACUCGAGAAGAUGGAGAGCUUGCGGCAACUGGAGGGCCGGGAGCGGGAGCGAGCAUCAGGUGCCGGUCGCCGGCGGGAUGCGCAAAAGGAGCGGGGGCGAUGGGGCCUCUUUUGA